UCCAGGUGGGACUGGCUCUGAGCUGCCCAGGACGAAAGAGCCUGGGCUGGCUCCUCGGCCGGCUCCCUCCUCCCAGUCAGAAGCAGCUGAUUGCCAGCUCCAGGCUGCCUGCCUCUAGCCCAGCCCUAAUCGACCUGAUCUCAGGCUGCCACUGGGGCCAUGGCAGCUGCUGAAAGCAGAGGGGACCUUUCUCCAGGGUAAUGAUUAAGCUGAGUGCCUGGCAAAGGCACAGGCAGCCGGCAGGAAGGUGAGUCCUAUUCACACCUCGACCAGGCUGCAGUGGCUGGAACUGGUUUGGGACAGCAGGGCCCCGGGGCACGAGGGCCCCGAGCUGGCAGCCACAGCCUCCCUGGACACGGGACGUCUGAGAGCAUCUCGGGCCUGAGCCUCUGCUGCCCGGCCUGCGGGCGGCUGCCCUCACCCCAGCGCCAUGAAGCUGCAGGCGUUCUGGACGGGGCUGGAAUACACCUGCCGGCUCCUGGGCAUCACCACGGCUGCAGUGCUGAUCGGCGUGGGCACCGAGACCUUCCUCCAGGGGCACUUCAGGAGCCUGGCGUUCUACCUGCUGUUCACGGGAGCCGCCGUCGCCGUGUGCGAAGGGGCCUACUUCGUGGCUCAGCUGCUGGCCCUCUGCUUCCAGUGUCCGCCCGGGUCCCUGGCCGCCAGAGCGAGGGAGAAGGCAUGCUGGCUGGGCUGCUUCCAGAAGUUCCUGGCCUACCUGCUGCUGUCCGUGGCCUGCUUCCUCCACCCCGUGCUGGUCUGGCACGUGACCAUCCCAGGCUCCAUGAUGGUCCUCACGGGCCUGGCCUACUUCCUGCUCAGCAAGAGGAAGAAGAGCAGAGCCGGGCCCGCGGGGCCGGCCCCGGAGCAGUACACGGACCCCUGCCGCAGCGCCCGCAGCACCACGGGCUCCGGGGACACCGAGCAGACCUACACCUUCCCCGGGGCCCUCCGGCGGGGGCCCCGCUCCCUCCUCGCCCACAUGCGGCGCCUGCUGAAGGGGCCCAGGAAGCCCGGCGCCCCCCGACGCCCCGAGGCCCCCACCGAGCUGACCCUGGAGCCGGCCGCCUCGCCGGCCGCGAAGAAGCAGGUGCACUUUGAGGACCGUGUGGUCAGGAUCAUCCCCGCCCGCGACGGCCCGGACAGCGAGGACAGCGAGCCGGAGCCGGAGGAGGCCAGCUCCGACACCACCCCCAUCAUCCCGCCGCCGCCCGCGCCCCGCUUCCUGUCGGCGCUCCCGGGCGGCCUCUUCUGAGCCGCGGCUCCCG